AAGUUGAGGGGCUUCCUGCCUUUGGGAAUUAUUACAAGGCAUCACCAUGACACUUCUGGGGUCUGAGCAUUCCAUGCUGAUUCGGAGCAAAUUCAGAUCAGUUUUACAGUUGCGGCUGCAGCAGCGACAAAGCCGAGAGCAGCUCGCCAACCAAGGAGUCAUGCCACCACUGAAAACCCCCUCUGCCUUCCAUGAGCAAAAGAAGACCUUGGAGAGAGCUAAGAGUGAACAUUAUUUAAAGCACAAGAUCCGAAACAAACCUGCACAUGCAGAGCUGGUUGAUAUGCACAUUUUACAGGAUUCAGCCACAGAGGGGUCUAUUCAAGCUACACAGAUGAAACUAAAAAGAGCCCAUCUUGCAGACAAUCUAAAUGAAAAGAUUGCUCUUAGGCCAGGUCCUCUGGAGCUGGUGGAGAAGAAUAUCAUUCCUGUUGACUCAGCUGUGAAAGAGGCCAUCAAAGAUACCCAGGUGACGUUCUCAAAAUCCUCAGAUGCCUUUGCUUUUGAAGAAGACAGCAGCAACGAUGGGAUGUCCCCAGAGCAAGCCAGAAGUGAGGAUUCUGAGGGAUCCACAGAAUCAGCAGCAGGAACCAACAUUUCAGAAACAGUGUUCCCCUCAAUGUCAGGGUCAGCUCAGUCGAAAUCAUCAAGUGACAGCAAGAACCGCCACAAAAAGCCUAAGGAAUCAAAGCCGAAAGUGAAGAAGCUUAAAUAUCACCAGUACAUUCCUCCUGACCAGAAAGCCGAGAAGUCUCCUCCACCCAUGGACUCUGCCUACGCAAGGCUCCUUCAGCAGCAGCAGCUCUUCCUGCAGCUCCAGAUCCUCAGUCAGCAGCAGCAGCACCAACACCAUCAGCAUUUCAGCUACUCUGGCUCUCAUUCUAGUCAGCUGAAGCAGUCCAAUGCGCAAGUGGUCAAAACUGCAAACUCUUCCCCAACAGCUGCUGCUAACAGUUCUCUUUCUCCUGUAAAAGGCACCUUUUCAGGACAGCCUUGCAUUUCUGCUCUUAAACCAGGUCCUUUGCCAUCCAAUCUGGAUGAUCUAAAAGUAUCAGAGUUGAGGCAACAGCUCCGAAUAAGGGGCCUUCCUGUAUCUGGUACAAAAACAGCCCUGAUGGAACGUCUGAGGCCUUUCCAAGAAUGCGGUGGGGGUUCAGUGCCCAGCUUCAGUGAAAUAACUACUGUCACCUUCCCAGUGACUCCAACGAGUUCUCUGUGCAGCUACCAAUCCCGGUCCUCAGCCAGUCUGCUAUCCAAUGGCUUUUACCACUUUGGCAGCACCAGUUCCACGCCACCCAUCUCCCCGGCUUCUUCUGACCUGUCAGUGAAUGGUUCCUUACCAGACACUUUCAAUGAAGGACCCAUGUCAUCCCCACAGUUUGUUUUGCAUCCUUCUCCUGUGCAGAGUGGGUGUGAAGAGAGUUUCAUAGGGAGCAUUAAUGGAGCUGGCAUCCAGCUUGACGUGGAAAGAGUCGACACAGAGAAAGACAAGAUGCUGGUGGAGAAACAAAAGGUCAUCAAUGAGCUCACCUGGAAAUUGCAGCAAGAGCAGAGGCAAGUGGAAGAGCUGAGGAUGCAACUCCAGAAGCGCAAAAGGAGCCAUGGAGUGGAGGAGAAGCAAACCUCUGAACAUUUCUUUGCCUUUUCAAUCAAGCAAGAAAACACAGUGUCCAGCUGUCCAUUCGCAUCCAAGCAAACUGUCUUGAAAGGGCAAACUAGCAGCUCUGACACACUGACUAAUUGUGAGCUGCCUCAGCUUCCCUGCCUUCCAAAUACCCAUUGCAUGGACUCUUCCAGGCAAAAUGGUAUACUGUCCUCCACACUUCUAAGCCCACAGUGCUCUCCCCAGCAUUCACCACUAGAGACAGCAAAGAGCCCGCAACACAUCAGCCUUCCACCCUCACCGAACAGUCAUUACGUCCUCUCGGUGUCCCCUAACACUCAAGGUGAAGGGCGCAGCAGUUCUCCACAGGCUAACAGCCAUCUACACAGCACUCCGAUGCCAACACAGGGAGGACAGAAGUAUUCUAUUCUGUCACCCAGCUUCUGUAAGUCAAAUAUUGCCCUUCCAGAAGGAAAACCUCCACCAUAUGCUGAUGCAGUGAAGCAGCAGAUGACCCGAAGUCAGCAAAUGGAUGAGCUGCUGGAUGUGCUUAUUGAAACUGGAGAAAUGCCUGCGAAUGCCAAAGAUGACCGUCCUUGUCUUCAGAAAAUGCCUCAGAUAACAAUGUCUUCAGGGUCCUCGGGUACAUCCUCCUUAUUAAAAGCAUCAUCUGCUUUUGAGCAAGGCCCUUCAAGUCAGCUGUCCUUUGAACAUGGCCCUGGCAACAAUGAGAAUCAUCUUGAAAUCUUGUUAAAUUCCCACAGCCCACUGGGACGAACAAAUGAGAUCGCCCUUCUGAAGGUAGGUGGUGAAGAGCCUCACUUUGAAGGGGUGAUGGAAGGAUUUUCCAGCAAAACUGCUGAUGAUCUGCUUACACCACAUGAGAUACUGCCAACACCCCUCUCACCCAUGGAGACUCAACUUUCUCCUUCUGAUGAAGGAUCUGAUUUGCACAUGAGCUUCACAGAGUCUCCUUGGGAAACAAUGGAAUGGCUGGAUCUCACUCCACCUAGCUCAGCCAAUGCUUUUGGUCCCCUCACCACCACAGGACCCAGCAUCUUCAACAUUGAUUUCUUAGAUGUUACCGAUCUCAACUUGAACAGCACCAUGGACUUGCAGUUACAACAGUGGUGAACAAAUCAUCCCUGCAUAUGGCGAUGUAGCCGGUCGUAAAUGAUUUUCACAAAAGGGACUAAGACUAAACCAGAGUUUUCGUACCAUCCAGAGAGGAGAAACUGGAGUCAGUGUUUCUCUGGACAUAAACAUUUUCAUUACAAAUGAUCACAGAUUCCACUUACAAA